AUGGGCAUCUGUUUAGACACUGAACAAAAAAAUGAAGAGUUGGAGACGACGGGUGGGGAUCGUAGUCGAGGAGAGAGUGCGUGGGCUGGGCGCGCCACGCCGCCCGCAGCCGCCUUCCCCAUGCAGAACUCCAGUCACGUCAAGUUUGAACCACCUAAUGUGCCUGUUAUAUUCGUAUUGGGUGGUCCAGGCAGUGGGAAGGUGACCCAUUGCGACAAUCUGAUGCAGGAGCGCCGCGGCGUAGUCCACAUCAACAUGACCGACCUCCUGCAACAAUACGCCAUCGGCAACGGUACAACCCUACCCGGUUUGCACUUUAUGUAG